UUUAUUUAAAUCAGUAUCUGUGUAUUUCACGAGUCUGUUAAUGGUUGACUUUAAGUUGCUGAAGAGGGUUUUGAUCUCUAGAUCAUGACCUCAAAGUGGUUAAUUUUGGUACAAUCUGUUAGAUUAGUUGAUGUUCAAGAGGUUGUUGCUGUUUCUUUGUUUGAUCUAGUGAAGAAACUAGUUUUGAGGGAUUUUGAUUGAGUUUGUGGAUGGAUUCAAGAAGUGGGAUUGAGAAUUCACCGGAUAUUGAGUCCAAUUUCAACACCUCAUCGCGAAGAAGUGUUUCUUCGAUUCAUUCGAAGGCUUCUCAUGGGAAUUCGAUAAGGGAAUCGAGUUUAAGUCAUUCAGGAUCGAAGCCUGUGAGGUAUGGAUCUCGGGGUGCUGAUUUGGAGGCGUUUAGUGUGUCCCAAAAAGAGAUCAAUGAAGACGAUGCUAGGUUGGUGUAUGUAAAUGAUCCUGUGAAGACAAAUGAGAAUUUUGAGUAUGCUGGGAAUUCAAUUCAGACUGGAAAGUAUUCAGUCUUUACAUUCUUGCCCAAGAAUUUGUUUGAACAGUUUCAUAGAGUUGCAUACAUAUAUUUUCUUGUGAUUGCAGUGCUUAAUCAGCUCCCCCAGCUAGCAGUUUUUGGCCGAGGAGCUUCCAUUUUGCCAUUAGCCUUUGUUCUGUUGGUUACGGCCAUCAAGGAUGCGUAUGAGGAUUAUAGACGGCAUAGGUCAGAUAGAAUUGAGAAUAAUAGAUUGGCUUGGGUUUUGGUGAAUGAUCAGUUUCAGCAAAAGAAAUGGAAGGAGAUUCAGGUUGGUGACAUCGUCAAAGUUCAUGCAAAUGAAACUCUUCCAUGUGAUAUCGUGUUGCUCUCGACUAGUGAUCCAACUGGGGUUGCAUAUGUACAGACUAUUAAUUUGGAUGGGGAGUCAAAUUUGAAGACCCGGUAUGCAAAGCAAGAAACACUUUUGAAGGUUCCUGAAAAGGAUGGUAUCAGUGGGUUGAUUAAGUGCGAGAAACCCAGUAGAAAUAUUUAUGGCUUUCAAGCUAAUACGGAAGUUGAUGGGAAAAGGCUAUCCCUUGGACCUUCAAAUAUUGUUCUUCGAGGCUGUGAGCUGAAAAAUACUUCUUGGGCUCUUGGGGUUGCAGUUUAUGCUGGGCGUGAAACAAAAGUUAUGCUUAACAGCUCUGGUGCCCCGUCUAAAAGGAGCUGGCUUGAGAUACGUAUGAACGCAGAGAUCAUCAAGCUCUCUAUCUUUCUCAUUGCUUUGUGUGCAAUUGUCAGUGUCUUGGCGGCUAUUUGGUUGAAACAUCACAACGAUGAAUUGGAUUACAUGCCUUUCUAUAGGAGAAAGGACUUCUCUGAUGCUGAUGGUAAAGUUGAUAACUAUAAUUAUUAUGGAUGGGGAGUGGAGAUUGUUUUAACUUUCCUCAUGUCAGUUAUCGUGUUCCAGAUCAUGAUCCCUAUUUCUCUGUACAUUUCAAUGGAGCUUGUCCGGGCUGGCCAGGCUUACUUCAUGAUCCAAGAUACUGAUAUGUUUGAUGAGGCCUCACAUUCAAGAUUUCAGUGCAGGGCCUUGAAUAUAAAUGAAGAUUUAGGACAAAUAAAGUAUGUAUUCUCAGACAAAACCGGCACCCUUACUGAGAACAAGAUGGAAUUUCAAUGUGCGAGUAUUUGGGGAGUAGAUUAUAGUGGUGGCAAACCCAGUUCACAGAAUGAGCUAGGUGGAUACUCUGUAAAAGUAGAUGGGAAGGUUCUAAGUCCAAAGAUGAAGGUGAAGGUUGAUCCGGAUCUUCUACGAUUAGCAAGGAGUGGACAGAAUACAGAGGAAGGAAAACAUGUCCAAAAUUUCUUCCUUGCAUUGGCAGCUUGCAAUACAAUUGUGCCUCUUGUUAUUGACACAUCUGAUCCGAAUGUUAAGUUGAUAGAUUAUCAGGGAGAGUCACCAGAUGAACAAGCAUUGGUUUAUGCUGCAGCCGCCUAUGGUUUUAUGCUAAUAGAACGUACUUCUGGCCAUAUAGUUAUUGACGUCCAAGGAGAAAGGCAAAGGUUCAGUGUUUUGGGUUUACAUGAGUUUGAUAGUGACAGAAAGAGGAUGUCAGUGAUAUUGGGGUGCCCUGACAAGAAUGUGAUACUCUUUGUAAAAGGUGCUGACACAACCAUGUUUAGUGUGACAAAUAAAACUUUGAACAUGAAUAUAAUAAGGGCAACCGAAGAACAUCUUCAUGCUUACUCCUCAUUGGGUCUGAGAACACUUGUUGUUGGUGCACGGGAACUAAGCGCUUCAGAAUUUGAGCAAUGGCAGUCUUCCUUUGAGGCUGCUAGCACUGCUAUAAUUGGUAGAGCUGCUUCGCUUCGCAAGGUUGCUAGCAAUGUGGAAAACAAUCUCUGCUUACUUGGGGCCUCUGGUAUUGAAGAUAAACUUCAAAAAGGGGUGCCAGAAGCUAUUGAGUCACUGAGAACUGCUGGGAUUAAAGUUUGGGUUUUGACUGGUGACAAGCAAGAAACUGCCAUAUCAAUUGGCUACUCAUCAAAGCUCCUUACAAGCGAGAUGAAGCAGAUUAUAAUCAAUAGUAACUCCAAGGAGUCAUGUAGAAAAAAGUUAGAUGAAUCACUGGUGACUGUUUCUGGACUCUCACACGGAAGCGGAGUAAGCUCUGGAGCUGGUGUAAGACCAGUGGCCUUGAUUAUUGAUGGUACCAGCCUUGUUUAUAUUCUUGACAGUGAACUUGAAGAACAGCUUUUCCAAUUAGCUAAAAAAUGUUCUGUGGUGCUGUGUUGCCGAGUUGCACCAUUGCAAAAAGCUGGAAUUGUUGCCCUUGUAAAGAACAGGAGUCCUGACAUGACGCUUGCCAUUGGUGAUGGUGCCAAUGAUGUGUCAAUGAUUCAAAUGGCUGAUGUGGGAGUUGGCAUCAGUGGCCAAGAGGGUCGACAGGCUGUAAUGGCAUCAGAUUUUGCGAUGGGGCAAUUUAGAUUUUUAGUUCCACUUUUGUUGGUCCAUGGACAUUGGAAUUAUCAGCGUAUGGGCUACAUGAUAUUAUACAACUUUUACCGGAAUGCAGUAUUUGUUCUUAUUUUGUUUUGGUAUGUGUUAUAUACUUGUUUCACUUUGACAACUGCAAUUAACGAGUGGAGCAGUGUGCUAUAUUCUGUUAUCUACACUUCAUUGCCGACAAUAGUUCUCGCCAUCCUCGACAAAGACCUAAGUCGAAGGACUCUUCUAAAAUAUCCUCAACUCUAUGGGGCUGGACACAGACAAGAGUGCUACAACUCCAAAUUGUUUUGGCUGACAAUGAUGGACACUUUCUGGCAAAGUGUGGCAGUCUUUUUUAUCCCUUUCUUAGCAUACCGGAAAAGCACCAUCAAUGUAUCAAGUAUCGGGGAUCUUUGGACGCUUGCAAUUGUUAUUUUGGUUAAUACACAUCUGGCUAUGGAUGUCAUCCGGUGGAAUUGGGUCAUACAUGCAGCCAUCUGGGGAUCUAUAUUUGCAACAUUCAUUUGUGUUAUUGUGAUAGAUGCUAUACCUUCAUUACGUUAUUACUGGGCAAUCUUUCACGUUGCUGGGACUGGAGUAUUUUGGUUGUGCUUGUUGCUUAUCAUUAUUGCAGCACUUGUUCCACGUUUAGUUGUAAAAUAUCUUUAUCAAUACUACAAUCCUUCGGAUGUUCAGAUUGCGAGAGAAUUCGAAAAAUUCAGGAUUCCAAGGGAGUCGGAAGCUGGACAAAUAGAAAUGAAUCCAAUAGAUGAUCCCCCUCGAAGACGAUAAAAUAUGAUUUUUAUUCAAAUUUGCAUAUGUUUAUUUUUUUUUUUUUAAUUUUUGUAACAUAUGAAUAGAUGAUCAUAUUCUUUAGGCUUCUUGAGAGAGGUAGCAGAUUUUCAUCCUUCGCUAUCCGAAGGAUAGGGCUGGAGUUUGUAUACUUAGGCUUUGCAUUUUUUGGUUUCUUGUAAUAAAUAAAAUUAUUCAAUGUAAAUUAGCAUUGUUUUACAAAACAGAAUUCUUGUA